ACCAAUUUUUAUAGGACCUCAAAAAUGAAGCACCAACAAAUUACGAUUGACUAUUGGACCAUGUUUAAGACAUCCGGACUGUGUCUUCUUCUGGCCGUCUGCGGAUUCGUACUCCUUAAAAUGGUGCAGACCAUUUUCUGGCUACCCGCACAUCUGAAGAAAAACCAACAACGUCUUGAGGAAUUGGCCAAGCUUUAUGCCAACGAUAUAGGCGAUGAUGAGCGGGCCGAGAUCGAGAAACUCUUCAAUAGUAAGGAGCCGUUGACAGAAGAACGCAUUAACCAGCUGCUCGAUAAAUCAGAGCCAUCCGAGCCCAAAAAGGAUCAAUAGUUUAAAUAAGUUGAUUU